GUAAUUUGGAUUGGAAAGAGUCUCACAGAAGUACCAAAUCUUGAUUUGUUUAAUGUGAAUUUGCAAUAUUUUUGUGUAUGUUUUGAUCGAGUGAAAACCGUAAGAGAAGGAAAGAACAACCUUAACAGACAUAACUACAGUGCAGAUGGCAUCGUUGGCGACCCAUCUGUCCGGUUUCAUCAUCUUCUUCCAUGUUGGGAUUCGGCGCUUAGUCUCUUCAACUUCCCUUUACCUUCAAAACCCCUCUCACUUCCGCUCCAAGCUUUGGUACUUCUCUGACCCAAAGUGGAAGACCCUUGAUCUCUACGCUGUGCUCAUCGCCCUCCCCGUCUUCUCUUUCACCGAGUUUUUCCUCUUCUUCUCGUUUUCUGGUCACCCCGCUUACAAAUUCUCCUUCUUUCAACAAUCCCUGGCCGUUUUGGCCUUCUGGCUCUUGACCAUUUUGAUCAUAUUCCGUGAACGCGUGGGAGGAACGUCGUUGGUCGAUGAAGGUUUUGUUUUUUUGUCCGGUGGGGUUGUUUUCUUGAUGGAGUAUUCUGUGAUGGGAAAAGGGGUAUCGGGUCUUGCAGGUUCUGUGUAUGGAUAUUUGGGAGGGUUGACACUGGUGUGUGCUGGUGCUUGUGUUUACUUAGCGGUUAAGCCUUCGGCUUUUUUUGCCGAGUUUUUGUUGUCUUGUGGGUUGGUGUUUAAGGGCACUUGGUUGUUGCAGCUGGGGUUCUCUUUGUACACUGAUUUGUUUGGGCUGAAGGGGUGUAGAAAGAUCAAUUUUUUAGAGUCCCAAUUGCAGCUUGUUGAUGUGCAUUGUGAUCUUGAUGAGGAUAGUUUGAGGGGUGUGACUUUGAUGAAUUUUCUGUUCACUGUGCAUGCUACUGGGGUGGUGGUUUUGGCUUUUGGGGCAUUUGGGGUGCUGGCAGGUAAGAGGAGUUUGAAAAGUGGUGAGGCAAAGGGUCCUUUGCUGUCUGAGAGUGAAUCAUCAAGCUUUCGGCCGUGGGCUCUUCCGGAUGUGGAGAUGGAGUGAAAUGUUAAUGGCUUUGGUAGAAUAACAGAAAGGGAUGUUUGCAUUGUGAAUCAUUGGUUUUUCACCUGCCAGGUUAAAAAAUUAAGUUAUGGAAGAAUUACCUGUCUUAUGAGAAAGAAAGGUUCUCUUGGAUGGUAGACUAGUUUGAUGGGUUUGUACAUCCCCUGAAGUGCAUCAUCAGAAUUCACGUUCCAUAAUAUUUCUUUCAGCUGUGAACUCAGAAUUACUGAAUGUACUGAUGAUAUUUCCCUAAUGAUCUUAUCAUAGUCUGGAACAAGAAUUUGGCAUCAUCACACAGGUUGAAAUGUGAAGUUAGAUUAUCCG